AUGCCCAUACCCAUACCCAUACCCAUGCCCAUGCCCACCAUCAACGCCCAGAGCGAUGAGCCGUCGCCAAACAGUGCGGCUCGACCCCAGCUCAGUAUCGAGUUGGCCGUCGAGAUGCCGAGAUUGUCGAGCAAGUGCAGCGUCGUUGCCGCAGUGCUCCUUUUGACCCUGGUCCGUCUGGAGGGUCUGACCGCCGCCACGCCCACCGUAACUGCAAAGCCCAUGGGCGGCUACUGCAAGGUGUCCCUUUGUGAGCUGUACAAUGGGACGCAUGUGGUUCAUGUGCCGCAUACAGCUUGUGGCAACAAUGGCAGCUUUUCCGCCGCCUGUGGUCCGGAACCCAAGCUUCUGGAAAUGAGCGAUCGCAGGCGCCAACUUCUCCUGGACAUGCACAAUUUGGCCAGAUCGAAGAUCGCCAGCGGAGAUUUGGAUGGCUACCACAGUGCCGCCAAAAUGCCGCUGCUGCGAUGGGACACCGAGCUGGAGCAAAUGGCCGCCCUGCACGCCAAACGCUGCCAAUUUGCCCACGACAAGUGCCGCAAUACGCCGCGCUUCAAGUUCAGCGGCCAAAAUAUCGGAUACUUCUGGAUCGGACGCGAGUUCAAGUCGCACUCGCGACGCAUGAAGUCCUUUGUGAUCAACUGGUUCCGCGAGUACCAGGACGCCAACCAGAGCUUCAUCGAUAGCUAUCACCCGCAUCCGCAGGGCAAGAAGAUCGGUCACUUCACCCUUUUGGUCUCGGAUCGAGUGCAGCGAGUGGGUUGUGCUGCUGUCCGCUUCCUAGAGCUCAAGGCAAAUCGAUUCCAGUUCAUGAUGACGUGCAACUAUGACUACAACAACAUAUUCAACGAGCCCGUCUACCAUUCGGGUCCGGCGGGUUCCAAGUGCCCCCAGCACCGGGUCAGCGAAAAGUUUCCAGGACUGUGCGAUUGGCGUGACGCAACCAAUGAAAUUGAAAGCGAGGAGAGUGCCGAGGAUGAAAACACCCUAGACAACAAUAUACCCUUUUAAAAAGUCCUGAAUCCCUACGAUAUGGAAAAAAUACUCAAAGAUCUGGGCAACACAAGAUGGCUUGCAGCAAACCACCAUACUUAUUUUUUUUUUAUUAUUUAAGCAAUUAUUU